UUUUGACUGUAACUUUGAUUCCUUAGUGUUCAUUGAUGCAAAAAGGUAAACAAUCGAUUAGAAACAAGUUUUGAAUUCGUUAUUAUUUGGGUGUUGGCUUUUAUUUAUAUGUCUACUUUUAAAGAUAUAUCAAUAAAACGAUGAUCAGAAAUGAAAACAAACUCUUAUUUCCGACUUGCCACUUUCACAGUCAUCCUCUAUCACAUUUUAUUUGUCAAAGUAUUUACUCAAGAAUAUGGGUAUGAUAAACGUGAAUACAAAUAUUAUACUGAUCAAAAUGGCAGACUGUAUACUAAAUACUUUUCGUACAGUAGUACAGAAUUUGAACAUGCAGUGGACGAUAGCAGAUGCGAUGGGAGGCCACCAAUUCUAGAAAUAGUAAAAGAAACAAGGUAUGGAAAUUUUAAAGGCAGACAAGUUAGUUUAUGUGACAGUCCUGGUGUUCUCUUAAAUCAACGACCUGGGAGACAAAAUUCUUUUGGACGAAAAAAUACUGUAAAUGUAUUUUUAGGUAUUCCUUAUGCGGAACCACCGUUGCAUCGUAACAGUCCUCCAGGAAGAAGAGAAGAACCAAAAUAUCCAUUUAAAUCACCUGUGGGUCCUGUAAGAGUUGGAGAAUUGGAUACAUCACGCUAUAAGCCAGCUUGUCCACAAAAUGAAAGAUAUCUUGUUAAAGGGAGAGGUACUAACCAUAGUGAUGAAGACUGCCUGUACCUAAAUAUAUUUUCUCCUGCUCAAAUUAGAUUAGAUAUGCCUGUCCGAGAAAAAUUUCCAGUUAUGUUUUAUAUCCAUGGUGGGCGUUGGGAUCAUGGCAGUGGUUCUUUGUUUCCUGGUCAAAUGUUAGCUGCUUCUCAACGUGUUGUAGUUGUUACAUUUAAUUAUCGCCUGGGAUAUUCAGGUUUUUUAGCCACUGGUGACCAUCAUUCUCCUGGCAAUUAUGGCAUGCUGGAUCAAAUUAAAGCAUUGGAAUGGGUUUAUGAAAAUAUUCCUGUAUUUGAAGGGGAUCCUACUAAGAUUACUGUUUUUGGUUCGGGUGUUGGAGGUGCUAGUGCUGCACUUCUUGCUAUCUCACCUUUAUCUCGCAGAAUGGUCAAGAGAGUUAUUGCCCAAAAUGGUUCUCCUCUUGCUGACUGGGCAGCAAUUACAGAUCCCAUAUACAUGUUUAAUUCAACGCAGAUACUUGCUGAAGAAUUGGGCUGCUCUAAUCCCGAUAUGGCCAGAAUUGUUGAAUGUGUUGGUACCAGGACAAAUAAUGAAGUGAAAUUAUUAAAAAUGAAGCCCAGAGUUGGUUGGCUUCCUUUUGGCCCAGUUCUCGAUAACUUCACAAGAGAUGCAGAACACCAGUUUCUUCCACUUUCACCCCAAGAAAUGUUAGAAAGAGGACUGCUGUUUAACGAUGGAUUUGCUUACAUGACUGGUGUGAGUCGAGAUGCAGGAGCUUCAAUAUUAUGGCAUGAUUCAUUAGGAGACAUAGAAAUUGAUGAGGAAACUUUUAAUCAAAAAAUCAGGGAGUUUAUGAGGAUGUAUAAUUAUACUAUAAAUGCUCAAGGUAUAUAUGAGGCUAUACGAUUCAUGUAUAAACCAUCCGUUGAUUCAAGAAAUAAAACACUUCUUAAACAACAAUUCAUACAACUACUUACAGAUCGAUAUUAUGUUUCACCAUUAGAUCCUACAUUACAACUCAUGUUAAAGAACAAAGUGCCUACAUAUGCUUAUGUCUUGAACUAUACUUUUCAAGGAUAUACGUUUUUGGCAAAAGAUGUUGUAUCAAUGCAAGUUGAAGAUUUACUUCUAACUGGAGCUCCAUUUAUGGAUCCAAAAUUCUAUCCUGAAUAUUUAAGGUUGAAUACUGCCCAAUGGACAGAAGAGGACAGAAAUAUGAGUCAGUUAAUGAUGGAAGCGUGGGCUAAUUUUGCCAAAGAAGGGAAUCCAACACCUCGUCGGCUUUUCAACACAAUACUCUGGGAACCUGUUAGUGAAAAUAACUAUGUUUACUUAAAUUUAAAUGCAUCCAACACAACAAGUCGAAUGAUUAACGAUUACAGAAACAGAGAAAGUCGAUUUUGGAACUACUUUUUACCCUUUUUUAUUGAUCGUGAACCUCCAACAUUGGCCCCAACCUUAGAGCCCGGUGUUAAUGAGUUGAGAGUCGUUACAAGUGCUUUGUGGGGUAGCGUUGCUGUAGCAGCCUUGUUACUUACAAUAACUUUAGUUUUCUGCCUCUUGUAUUGUAAAGUUAGAAGUAAGAAGCCUGCUGUGAAUCCAGAUUUGAAUACCUCAAGAGAAACAUUUGUCAAUUGUUCUACAUCUGUUCAGGAUACUCCUGUGUAGCAUUUCAUAUACCUUCUAACAUUUGAGGUUUCUGAAAAAUAUUAUUUUCAGUGGUAGUGCACUAAGGAUGCG